ACAUCAUAUGUCAACGUCAAUGUCAAAACUAAGCAUAAAAUAAGAUGGUGGUUGUUUUGCAGAGAAUACUUUUAAAAUGUUUUUUAAUGUCAGGAGUUGUUCUAGCUUCUAGAAAAUUAAAAUUGUAAGGAAUAUGUGCAAAUAUUAAUUGUAAAUAAGCGGGCAAAAGUUGUGAAAAGUUUAAUCAUCAUAAUUACAAGAUUUAUUCAGAUAUUCAUUGGUCAGGAACGGUAACUACUGCGAAUGUUUAUAACAUUGAAAUAGACCGGAAACGGUCGAAUUAUCUAAUUCUGUAUUUUUAUAGCUUGCUAAAUAUUUUAAACUAACUGUCUUAUUGUUCCCCUUGUUUUUUAUAAAAGAAUACAUUCGUUUAAAUACAUACUAGCGUUUAUUAAGCGGAUAUUUGGAAUAAUUUAUUGGUGCAUAAAACUUAUUCAAAGAAAUUGUUUAAAACAAUAACAUUGUGUCUCUUUCAGUGAAGUGUAUUAUGAUAGAAAUAAAACUGAAAAAGUGAUGACAAGCCAGAAUUCAUCAUACACACAGAGGUAUCAACCUUACAUUUUUGAUCAGUAUCGUCAACCCGAUGGGCAAUGGGAUUCAUCAUCGAUCCCAAACCCGCCAUCUGUUCCUGUUAGAGGAGUCAAGAGAAUGACCCCUAAUGAAGUGGCACAAUCAUAUGAAGAUUCUUCUUGGAUGGGACCUCAAGAAUUACCCCAACAAAUGGAUAUUGAUGUGCAUCAGUGCAAUCUACUCAUAAGGCAAAACAAUAUGAAUACGAAUCCAGCCAAUGCUACAAACUUUAGAAACCACAUUGCUAAUACUGAACAUGAUGUAAAUGUUAAUCACGUACAAAGUCCUCUGAGGACAAGUUCAAAAUAUGCUUUUUCUCCGUGGUACCAUGGUAAAAUAUCUCGAGAUGAAGCUGAAAACCUAUUGCGUCCAAGGUCCGAUGGCCUGUUCCUAAUAAGAGAAUCAACCAAUUUUCCGGGGGAUUAUACCCUGUGCGUGUGCUUCCAAUCAAAAGUCGAACAUUACAGAGUGAAAUCAAAUAGCGGUAGGUUGACGAUCGACGAUGAAGAAUUUUUCGACAAUUUGGAGGAGCUCAUAGAGCACUACAAAAACGACGCGGAUGGAUUGUGUACAAAAUUAGUAAAAACCUUGUCCAAAGAAAACGAAGCCUUAUAUACGAACACCAACAAGACUUGCAAUGUUAAGGAAGGAGACGAUCUGUUUGUUAUACCCGAACAAGAACUGCACAUAAGCGAAUCUAUAGGAAAAGGCGAAUUUUGCGAAGUAAUGCUGGGAAAGUGGAAAAACAAUAAAGUUGCUGUAAAAGUAUUAAAAGAUUCGAGCGAAGCUGAAGCAAUCUUAAUGAAAUCUCUGCACCACGAAAACUUAGUCAAUUUGUUGGGAAUCGUUAGGAAAAAAGACCAGAUCUAUUUAGUAACCGAGUACAUGAGCAAGGGAAGUCUCGUGGACUACUUGCGAUCGAGGGGCAGACAGCACGUCACCAAGAAGGAUCAAAUUAAUUUCGCGUUCGACACCAGCUCGGGCAUGGAGUAUUUGGAGAAGAUGCACGUGGUGCACCGGGAUUUGGCCGCGAGGAACGUGCUGAUAGCCGAAAACGGACGGGCGAAAGUAUCGGACUUCGGGCUGGCGAGGAACGAGAAAAACGCCACUUCCGAAUCGGCUAAAUUGCCUAUUAAAUGGACCGCUCCUGAAGCGCUCAAGCAAAACAAAUUUUCGAACAAGUCGGACAUGUGGAGUUUUGGUAUUCUUUUGUGGGAAAUUUACUCGUUUGGAAGAGUUCCAUAUCCGCGAAUACCGCUGGCAGAUGUUGUUAAGCACGUGGAGAAAGGCUACAAGAUGGAGGCUCCCGAAGGAUGUCCUUCAGAAGUCUAUGAAAUCAUGAGACAGGCGUGGGAUUUGAACCCUGAAAAGAGACCAAAUUUUCAUGAAGUCAAAGGGAAACUUGGACAUUUAAAACAGCAAACCACAUUGUGAAAAAAGUUAUCAGAUAUAUUUAUAUUUAUACACGUAUACAGGAUUUUUUACAAUGAGCUUUCAUUGCAUAUUUUUUAUGGUAAUUGUAUACAUGUUCUGUUUAUUGCAGUAUAAUUUGUUUCGCGUAAAUUCAUUUAAGCCUCUCUGCAAAAGAUCCUCUAUAUACAUCGAGUAGUGUUUGUUAGAGUGGAUGUGGUACAUAUAGUAUUUAUAUAUUAUAUACAUAUUUGCAAAUACUUUUUUUAAUGUAAUUUAUCGUUUUUACUAUCAUUUAACAAUCGCCAAUUUUAUUAACAAAGUCAUUAAUUUUCAAAAUUAUUGAAAAAUUAGAUUUGUACAAAUAACACCUUAAUUGUGUUCGAGUUUUUAUUUAUUGAAUUCGUUUAUAAUCAAGUAGUGGUUUAAAAUUUAUAACAUAUAAUAUAAAUAGCAUUAAAUGGAUGUUCUAUAUAUUAUAAUUCAUUUAAGGUGUUUAAAGUCAUUUUUUGGACGGUAAAUUGUUUAUAUUAAUUAGAGUAGUAAAUAGCAAACAUUCUGUUAUAAUUUGAGUUGUGGAUACGUAAUUUCUUAUAUAUGUAUAAUAAUCUUAUAUGUAGUCAUAUACAUCUUUCUCUUUAUAUAGGGUGUUCUGGAAUGAUGCAAAAAUGAAAGCUUUUCUAUUAUUUUUUCCCGAGUACCCUCUAAGGUUUGCCAGAAUUUUUUUUAAUUAAUUUGACAAGAACAAUUAAGAAAAAUCGUGACAUUUCUAAAUUCCAUGACGUAGAUUUAAUAUUCUCGUAAUUAUUUACUACUUAAAUAUUUUUAAUAAUCUUGAAUAUUGGUGAAAUUGUCAGUGGUACAGGGGAUUGUAAAUAAACAAAAUUUGCCCAGAACGCUGCGAGUAAAUGGUACAAUUGUGCAAUAUUGGAAAAAAGUUUUGUCCUCUGAAAUAAAAUUUUUCGAAAACAAGCAUUUUUAUAAUUUGUGAACAUUUACACGUGGCAAUACUGGAGCAUUAUAAUUAAACUAAGUUGUAAUUAUUUAUCAAAAAAAUAAUAAAUUCGCCUAGUAUUUUCUUGUGAUAUUUAUGUAUCUAUUCGACAAUCGUUCUUUCGACAAAACGAUUGAGUGGUCAAAUAAGUAGUAUUAAUUUUUUUAAACGCCCUGUAUACACCAAUAAUUUAAAAUUUCGUAGAUGUGACGUAAUUGUAUAUUAUACCGUACUUUGUUAAUGAAGCAUUUUCUCAAAAUAUAUAUACCGUACGUGCAUAAUUUUUUAAUGAAAUUUUGGCAGUCAGGUUCAGUUAUAGGUUUGUUUGCUUGUUUUUUGAUUGUUUCGAAUGAAUUGUAUUGUUAAGUUGUAUUUAAUUAUGUAUAUUUUUUAUUUCUAUUUUUAAAUUCUCUUGGAAUUUGAAAAAUAAACUUUUUUGUGUUAGCGAUGAAUUAUUUUUAUGCAAUUAAAUUCUCUCUGUUUCCUCACGAUGUGUCACACACUGCCAGGAAUUUGAAUAGAAAAUAAAGGCUAAUCGUUCAGGUACAAAGUGUAUUUCAAUGAAGUUCGACUCAGUCAAAAUUGCUUUUGAAUUUUUUUAUUAGUUUUCCAUUUUGGUAAUUUUUUCAAUACUUAGUUUCCAGUUAGAUUAUUUUUUAACUAGUAUUAACGAUCAAAUCGAAAUGGCAUGUAAAUUUAUUGUUCGUGUUUAUCCUACGCUAGAAAUAAAAAGGGAGAAUAAAAAGAUGUACUAUAAAUCCCUAAAAUUAUAAUUACAGCUAUUGAAAAACGGAAAACUUAAAAACCAAAGCCCAAAUAAUUCAUACGCAGAUUUAUGUAAGUCAAAUCAUUAAAUAUAUGAGAAGUAAUAACGAAUACAAAAUGAUGGAACAAAUCGUAGUUGUGCUUAAUUAAAACAAUCAAACACCAUCUGUAAUUAUAGUUGGCUUUCCCCGACGGUUACACAUCCUUAAGUUCGGGAGGCACCUCGUUUUUGGGAUGUUUAUUUUCAAAGUGCUGUUUGUAGGUUUUUGGGUCAGGCAUCUGAGCCUAAAAAGAAUCAUUAUUAACCCGUCAUUUUGAUGUACUAUUUAAAAGACUUACUUUGCAAACAGCACAAACGUGCACUAGGGCUUUUUGAGCAGCUUUUUUCUGGUCAGUAGCGCUAUGUCCUUGCUGUUUUUUCGCCUUCGCCGCGCGUUCGGCCGCUUUGGCUUGAGAUUGGAGUUUCUGCUGUCCUCUUGCCAUUUUCUAAUACACCAAACAA